AUAGACAGGUCAUCCGUACGUCCCUUCCUCGACCUUCACAAUGCUACAUCUUAAUCGUUCAAUACGGAAUUCAGCGUUUAAUCCUCGUAGAUGGGCUCAUAACAUUCCUACCUUUUCUCAUUUAAACGCGGUCAAUGAAGAAGAUAUCGCACACUUUUCAAACAUACUCGCACCCACGUCUAUACUCUCAACCCUUCAAUCAGUCUCCACCCCCGCAGAUGAUAUUGCCCCAUACAAUGUAGACUGGAUGGGAAAGUACCACGGUCAAGCAAACUCUGUUCUUCGCCCCCGAACUACACAGCAAGUCAGUGAAAUUGUCAAGUAUUGCGCUCACCGUAAAAUUGGCAUAGUCCCACAAGGCGGUAAUACUGGUCUAGUCGGUGGUGGUAUUUCUCUCCAGAAAGAGAUUGUCCUCAGCUUGGGCGCAAUGAACUCUGUUCGCUCCUUUGAUCCCGUGUCCGGUAUUCUCGUGGCAGAUGCUGGUUGCAUUCUCCAAUCUCUGAGUGAAUACAUUGCACCUCACAAUCACAUCAUGCCCCUUGACCUCGGUGCAAAGGGAAGCUGUCAGAUCGGUGGCAAUAUAUCAACCAAUGCAGGUGGUCUUCGACUCCUUCGUUACGGCUCACUGCAUGGAACGGUCCUCGGACUCGAAGUAGUUCUCCCGGAUGGUACAAUCCUCGACCAGUUAUCCACCCUGCGCAAGGAUAAUACCGGCUACGACCUUAAACAGCUCUUCAUUGGCGGAGAGGGUACACUCGGUAUCGUAACCGGUGUCUCCAUCCUCACACCCCCUGCACCCCAGGCCACCAAUAACAUCUUCUUGGCAUUACCACGCUUUGAAAAUGUCCUACCACUCUUCCAAACUGUCAAACGCCAACUCGGAGAAAUCAUGUCCGCUUUCGAGUACAUCGACCGCACCGCUUACGACAUGGGUCUCCAGCACGGCCUUGGCCCUUUGCUUAGCCCAGACGAAGUUGGCGACUCCCAAAUCUUUGUACUCGUUGAAACAAGCGGUGGGAACCAAGAUCACGACUUAGAGAAACUCAACAAUCUUCUCGAGAACUUGUUAACCGCUGACGAACCCCUCAUUAACACUGGUGUUCUUUCUCAGUCGCCCACUCAAUUUAACUCGAUAUGGGCUCUGCGUGAAGGCUUGACCGAGUGUGUUCAGAAGGAAGGCAAACCAUACAAAUACGACGUUUCUGUUCCCCUUGCCGACUUCCAGAAGGUCGUCGAUACUAUUCGGGAGCGCUUGAUUUCGAAAGGGCUGUAUGGGGACCAUGCGAUUUCCAAAGUCAUGGGAUACGGCCAUGUUGGUGACGGAAACUUGCACCUGAACGUAAUCGCCAAGCAUGGGUACCGCCCGGAGCUUGAGGCAGCACUGGAGCCUUUCAUUUAUGAACUUGUUGCUUCUCACAAGGGCUCGGUGUCUGCGGAGCACGGCAUUGGAUCCAUGAAGAGGGAUGCACUGCAUUACUCCAAGAGCGAUGUCAGCAUUGACUGGAUGAGGAAAAUCAAGCAGGUCUUUGAUCCUUUGAAUAUCAUGAACCCCGGCAAGGUUCUUCCUUAGAGCCAGAGUUUAUAUCACGCCGAUACGAUCCGUUGACGUGACUUCACGCAUCAAACUAUCACUUACCACGACUGUCACGAUGAGUAGACGUAGCUAUGCCAUUUACAUUUACUAGGGUAUAUUAAGUCGCAAUGGAUCUUUUGUGUUUCGCAUUUA